AUGGCCAAAAUGAAGGCUGAGCGCAUCACGCGCCGACACACUCCCCUCCCUAAUGCCGCAACCCGUUCGUCGAACCGCAUUCGUGCGAAGAAAAAGAGCAAUGGAACGAAGCAGGCUGGGCUGAGCCAGGAGCAAGUAUCAUCUGAGUCUUUGGAGCCUACUUCUUCUCAGGAAACUCUGAACAACUCGAUCGAUGUCUCCGACCAAAACAACUUCAGUAGCUUCAGUAGCUAUAACACUGAUGACAGCCACUCAGCUGAGCAGAUCGAGGGAACUCUGACCAUCGCUCACCGUAAUCCUCAGCUCAAUGGAACCGGUGUAACGCCCUCAAAUACUUUCGAUAACAAAGCUGGACCAGGCACAGCCCAACUGACAGCUGGCGAAAUCGCUCUAGAUAUAUAUGGCAGCAAAAUACUGAUCGACAGCACUCUCGGUAAAAAGCUAGCCGGCGAAGUAGCACUACGAGCUAUCAGGCAGCGCCGCUCUGACAUGAUCCUCAACAUGGAGCGCCGUAGCAAUGUCGAAGCCUUCCUGGCUCAUCUCACUGGAGUUCAGGUCAAGCGAUCUUGCAAGAACUGCUCCAAAGGACACGGUCCCUGGUCCGAAUGUAUUAUCUACGAUGGCCAGAUGUGUGGUAGCUGCACAAAUUGUUGGUUCAAUGCCAGUGGCUCUCGAUGCACAUUCCAUGAGAAUAACCAAAACUCCAUCUAUGCCCCUUUACCAAUGUACCACCCUCAAUCAGCGGGGAUGCCAACCCAGCCCAUUCAAUACACCCAUAUCAAUCCCCAGGCGGUUCCCCAGGGUAUUGCUAUGAACCCACCUACCUCUAUUCAGGGAGAAGCUACCACGACCCUCUACAACUUGCCUGGAUCCGCCAACAACGUAGUCGGCAAUGUUAUAUCAACUGUCGCGGCUAUGAACCAAGGAGAACGGGUAUUCGCACGAGUGGAAAGGGCUGCCGAGGAUCUUGGUUUGCGCAUUGCAGAACUCCACGAGUUCCUUGCCACACCUGAGGGCAAUGCCUUUGUGACCCAGCUAUCUGGGAUAGCUGCUCCCCAGCAAAUUGCUUCUGGGGACAACCCAUCCCAGGAGCGCUCCCAAGAGAAUGGCCAGGACAACGCUUCCCAGGAGCCACUCUUCCAAGAACCUUCUUCACAGAACAAUGCCCACCAGGAGCUUGCUUCCCAGGAUACUUCUUCCCAUGGGCCUUCUUCUCAGGAGUCGUCCUCCCAGGAGCAGCCUCUGCGGGAAACUUCUCCCCAGCAAACCUCGUCACAAGAACGUUUUUCACAGGGAAAUGUCGAAGCCCAUCUCACAGCACAGGCUCUCACAAGCGAUCCGCCACUUGAGAACUGA